AUGAAAUCAGAACUGUCUCCAGAAGCACCAGUUUACAUUCCGCCUCCCCUACGUAAUGUAACCCCGAAAUCUUCUCCUCCCCAAAAAUCCAACUCUGGCUCCAAGGAAGAGGAGGCACAGUGCUCGAGGUAUUCCAGGAAAUCCAUAAGAUCAUUUAGCCUUUCACCAAACAGUCCGAGGCCGAUUUUGGGCAACAAGCUGCCUUUUCCCAGGCCGAUUCUGGGUAAAAGAGAUGACCCGGAAAGGGACGAAGCUGUGGAGUACAUAGGCAGAGAGUUCAGGAGGAGUUUUUCGAGGAUGCGGCAAUCAGGCCAAAGCCUCUUGCGACGGAGACCCAUCAAACCUAACAAGAGGGAUCUUGUUGACAUGGGUACCUGGGGUGAUGAGGAUAGUCCCAUCAGGUCGUACAUACGCUCUGAUGCCUCACCAAUUGGGUUGGCCUCCAGAAAGCAGAGUUUUCCAAAAAAUACCACCGGACUACGUAACUGUGUGCAGUGUAAGCAGAUGUUCGGCCCAUAUUUUCAAGGAAGAGCAUGUGGUGAAGCUUGCCUGGUCAGUAAUGGCCAAAUAACUCCGGAUUGCAACAAUCCUGGAACGCUGGGAAAUUUUUUGAAGCGCCUCUACUGAUCGUUACAAAACAAUUGUCAUUACCUAUGUUAAA